UUACACUUAAAUGUAUAAUAGUUUAUGUCAAUUCAGGGAAUCCUGACUAAUAACCACUAAAGAAAAGAAUAGACGUAAAAUAUAAGACCUCCUUAAAAGUAAAAUGCCGCCUUUGGGAUUUUUUUUUAUUUUUAGAAGUUGUCAGAUAAGAUAUUGAGAGGAGGAGGAGGGACAACACAGUGGAAACGCAGGUAGGACGGGUAAAGUGUCGUGUUACCUGGAUUUAGUUUUGCUUUGUCAGAAGACCUCGGGUUAUUAGGAAGAAGCUCCUUUCUAAACUGCGCUGCAACAACACUCGGCACGGUACACCGGCACAUUUUAUUACAGCGUUGGGAUCACAGAGGUGGAGGCCAGGCGUCCUUCAAGCUAGAUUCAGUUACGCAGGUGUAGAUUGAAAAGGGGAGGGAGACCGGAAGGGAGACCGGGACAGGAUCGCUCCAGGUUUUCCUGUUAAAACCAGGAAAAGGUGACAAAAAGGUGACAAAAGGCAGAAGAAGAAUAUAGAGGACAGCACCUACUGAGGAAAGGGCAGUGGUAUUCUAUUUACCGAAAAAAAGGACAAGUGCAUCCAUCAUGGGGAAAUCUCAGUCAUCAAUUCAGGAACCAGCAGAUAUCGACAUACCACUUAAUCCGAGGAUGCCAAUUCCACAACAAGUUGUUUGCAAAAAACCCAUGACGAACUCAACACCUCAAACAGAAAAGGCGUUGAAGAGGAGGAAAAUAUUAAUCUGGAUUCUGAUAGCAGUUGUGAUUUUGGGCAUAUUGGUCACUGCAGGAUAUUUUGUUAAGAAGCUAAUUGAAAGCAAUUACUACUACUGCACACGCUCAGCACAGUUCAUCCCAAUCGCUAAAUCCUGUGAUGGGAACAUUGAUUGCGUUUAUGGAGAAGAUGAGGUUUAUUGUUCGACAGAAUUCAAAGCAAACGACACAUUUCCAGUGCGUCUAAUUUCUGCUGAGCGUGUCCUCCAAGUAUUCAAUGGCAAAACAUGGGUGACCGUCUGCAACGACGACUGGAGCACACAGCACACCGAGACCGCUUGCAAACAACUAGGAUACACAAAUUCCCCAACAAGCAAAAAUGUCUAUGUCAGCUCCUUGCCGUCUCCUUUAAAAACUGGACCGUUCACGGCAGUCAGGAUCGGGAGUGGAAGCACACCAGUACAUCAGGCAACCAUUGACCGCAGCGUGUGCCGCACUGGAUCUGUGGUCUCUUUGACGUGCUCAGAUUGUGGAGUGGGGGGCAAUCUGGAGCGCAUCGUUGGUGGCGUGGAUGCCCAUAUAGAGGAAUAUCCCUGGCAAGUGAGCCUGCAGAAUGGCGGGCACAGAUGUGGCGGCUCACUGGUGUCAUCACGCUGGAUUGUCACUGCCGCCCACUGCUUUAGCAGUAACAAAGAGCUGAGUCGGUGGACAGUGAUGUCAGGAGAGACAUACUUGACCACAUUAGGAGGCUCUUCUGUGGACAAGAUCAUAAUCCAUGAUCAAUACGAUGAAGCCAGUAGCGACUACGACUUGGCAAUGAUGAGGCUGAGCAGCCCGAUCUCAGUGGGAGAUAAACGUAAGCCGGUGUGUCUCCCUCCUAAAGACCUUCUCCUUCCUGACAAGGCUCCUGUGGUUGUUUCAGGCUGGGGACUGCUGAGAGAAAAUGGGAAAAUUUCAACUACACUGCAAAAGGCUAAUAUUGAGAUGAUUGAUCGAAAUACAUGUUCCAGUAUUUAUGCCACCAUGCUAUCGCAAAGAAUGGUCUGUGCUGGCAACUUGAAGGGAGGCGUGGAUUCCUGCCAGGGCGAUAGCGGAGGCCCCUUGGUGUAUCUUUCCGCCUCUCAGUGGUAUCUGGUGGGAGUGGUGAGCUGGGGCGAUGGCUGCGCGCGGGAAAACCGGCCUGGCGUCUACAGCAACGUGGAUAACAUGCUCAACUGGAUCUAUGCAGUCAUUGAGAAAAACCCAUGAUGUUCCACCGUGACUGGAGCCACUAGAUGGAUUUCAGGCAUUUUUACCUGAGACAGACUGUGAAGCUCAAAGUUCUUGUUUUAGCACUGCUGUAUGGAAAAAAGAGGACUUUGAGGGAGAAGAGAGGAAUAUGCGCAUCUACUGUCAAUGAAACAUUUGCAUUGCCCUGAGCCACAAAAGUAUGGAUGCAGACAUAUUCAUUUUCACAGAUUGUGCCAUUAUGUCUGUAUUUACCUCAGGGAACAUGCUUAUUUUUGUUUCCUUCUGUUGCCUAUUUAAGGUCUCAAAAAGUAUUGUAGCUUUUGUUUUUUCUUUCUUUAUUCUGGAAGCACUUUUUGGCAAAACAAGCCAGUCAGAGCAGAUUCAGUGACGUGUGUUUUGCAAUAAUGGAUGCUUUUAUGGUGCUGGAUUUGUGACCCUUCUCUCCACUUAAGACCCAAUAAUGCCCGAUUUUUACAGGCAAGGAUAUUUUAGUCUAAUUGAAAAAGAAAUAGCAUUUUAUUGUAUCACAGUGACUCAUUAAUACUCGCAUGAAAUAUUUAAAAGUGCAGGUCAAAUAAUUUUUGCCUUUCCAUGUAAAUUAAAUGUUGUUGUUGCUGUUAACAUUUAUUUGGUUUUAACAUAUACUUGUAAAUAGUCUGUAAAUAUGAUCAACUUUUUCCUCACCUUGGAGGCUGUUGUGUUGAAGUGAGAAUAAAACUGGGAAAUUAA